UGACGGAGCGGCUCCAGCUGGGCGGAGUUGCUCGAGGUGAGACGAGCCGAUGCUCUGUCACUUUCGCUUCUCUCUCCGCCACUGAUGCGCGCGGCGCGGACUGAGGAGGGAUGUGGUUCCCCCUCGUGGAUACAAUGAAGAGAGAGGAGUGCAGCUUUUAGUCGGACGAGAAUUUCGCUGGGAAGUCGGAGGAAAGCGCUCCACAGGGUGAGUCACUGAUAGGCCUUCCAUGACGGCACUGGAAGUAGACUGGUGCAACUUCACAAUUCCCCUCCGCUGAGCCACUCCCACUCCCGGGGUAAUUGGUCUAUUUCCAGCAGCCAAUCACCUCCCAGCACAAGCGGUUGAGACAGGUCGGGGGAGGACUUCGUUGCUGGCUGACAUGGCCUACACUCUGGGCAGCGAGACAAGCCAAGGCCCUGCCAUUGGGUCCCAGUACUGUGUCACCAGGGUGGAGCUCUCUGUGUCUGGGGGUAACCUGCUGGACCGAGACGUCACAUCGAAGUCGGAUCCUUUCUGCGUGCUGUUCCUGGAGGUGGACGGCAAUUGGGUGGAGGUUGGUAGGACGGAGACGGCAGUGAACAACCUGAAUCCCGUGUUUGGGGAGAAGUUCCAGGUGGACUACCACUUCGAGGAAGUCCAGAAGCUCAAGUUUGCAAUGUUUGACGAGGACAAGUGCAGUACCCAGCUAUAUGAACAUGACUUUCUUGGGGAGUUCACCUGCACACUCGGGGUGAUUGUGUCCAGUAAAAAACUACAUAGGCCGCUGAUCCUGGGUAAUGGGAAGCCAGCAGGGAAGGGGACCAUCACGAUAACAGCGCAGGAGUUGUCAGACAACAGGAUAAUUACACUGAGCCUGUGUGGGAGAAAACUGGACAAGAAGGACUUCUUUGGCAAAUCAGACCCUUAUUUAGAGUUUCACAAACAAGGGGAGGAUGGGAAGUGGAUGAUGGUACACAGGACAGAGGUAAUUAAGAACACACUGGACCCAGUGUGGAAGCCCUUUACUAUGCCACUCAUAUCUCUCUGCAAUGGAGAUGUAGACAGGAGCAUUAAGAUCAUCUGUUAUGACUAUGACAACGAUGGAGGCCAUGACUUCAUUGGAGAGUUCCAUACCACUGUCACUAAAAUGAUGGAAGCCCAGAACUCAGAAGAGAUUGAAUUUGAAUGUAUUAAUCCCAAGAAACAGAAGAAGAAGAAAAGCUACAAAAAUUCUGGCAUCAUUAUUCUGAAGUCAUGCACAAUUGCAAGAGACUACUCCUUUCUGGACUACAUCCUGGGAGGUUGCCAACUAAUGUUCACGGUGGGAAUUGACUUCACAGCCUCCAAUGGGAACCCGCGUGAGCCCUCCUCCCUGCACUACAUCAACCCACUGGGCAGCAACGAGUACCUGUCUGCCAUCUGGGCUGUUGGCCAGAUCAUCCAGGACUAUGACUCAGACAAGAUGUUUCCAGCUCUGGGAUUCGGAGCUCAGCUCCCUCCUGACUGGAAGGUGUCACACGAGUUUGCAAUCAACUUCAACCCCACUAACCCCUUCUGCUCAGGUGUGGAGGGCAUCGCCGAAGCCUACUCCGCCUGUCUGCCGCAUAUCCGGUUCUACGGCCCCACUAACUUCUCCCCCAUCAUCAACCACGUGGCACGCUUUGCCUCACAGGCCAUCCAGCAGGAGACAGCUGCGCAGUACUUCAUUCUGCUCAUCAUCACAGACGGUGUGAUCAGCGAUAUGGACGAGACACGCCAUGCUGUUGUGCAGGCCGCCAAGCUUCCCAUGUCCAUCAUCAUCGUUGGUGUGGGCAACGCUGACUUUGCUGCCAUGGAGUUUCUGGACGGGGACAACCGUGUGUUGCGUUCCCACACAGGCGAGGAAGCCAUCAGGGACAUCGUCCAGUUUGUCCCCUUCCGAGACUACCGCAAUGCUCCGAAAGAAACUUUAGCCAAAUCAGUCCUGGCAGAGCUACCGCAGCAGGUCACUCAGUAUUUCAAACAGAGGAACCUGGCCCCCAAGAACAGCACGCCAGAUUGAGGGGUCGAUGCCCAAGGCCACACCCGGAACCAGCCUGCAUGUUGCCAAUCCCCCCCAUCCCCUCCACCCCUGUGCUGUUUACGAGGCAUAAUGAGCAAAAGAACUGCAUGAACGUUCAGAAAUCCAUUUGUAUGUACCUUGCGCAUUUUUGAAAUCCACGUUCUUCAUCACAGUCAAAGACUAUAAAGGAAAGCUACGAAAUACAUUUGAACAACAGAACCUCCACACAACUCUAGGCUGAAUCCAGAAAAAAAGGAAAAAUAAUGACUGAAUGUACAUUUGUACUGAUGUUCCUUGUUUUAUUAUUAUUGUUCUUGGUUUCUAAGAAAAUAAUUGUC